CCUAGGGUUUCUCUGUACAGAUCAAUUCUUCAUCAGCUCUGAAAAUCAAUGGCGACCGGAUUAAUGAAGCUUACCACGUUCGUCUUUCGGUCUUCUCUCGUCCACCGGCAAUGGCACCAGUCCUCGUCAUUUUCUCGUCUCGGUGUUCAGGAAUAUCUCCAGCUGCUUGGUGAACUGAAGCCCGGCAUUGCCGAGCAAUCUGUUGGGUACGUGUGCGAUAGUCCUAAGGCUGCACUUGGAGCUAAUGGUAUGGCUGUUUUAUCUAGACGGCAGGAUGCACGGGGAUCUGGUGUCAACUUUUCAACAUUAGUUGUCACCAGUAGAUGUGAUACAACAGCUGGAGUGCCGUGCUUUGCUAGAUUUAUGUCAUCAAAAUCUUCAGAGCAACGUGGACAAAGCUCAUCUCAGAGCAAAAAAGAAAUAUCAACAGUGGAGGAUCCAUUUGAUGCUCCAACAUAUAAUAUACCAGAGAAGCCUGUUACAUUUGCAGAGGGAGCUUCCUACAGUUUUAUCAUCCUUGCAGGGCUUGGAGUUGCUGCAGCUGCCGGAUAUGCAGUUUUUAAGGAGCUUAUAUUUCAACCAAAAGAGUAUAAGAUCUUUGACAAGGCUCUUAAAAGGAUUCAAGAUGACAGCCAGGUUAAGGUAAGGAUUGGUUCCCCUAUAACUGGCUAUGGCCAAGAAACUAGAAAUCGGGCUGCUCGACAACGUAUCCCUAACAGGGUAUGGACCGAUGAAGAUGGUGUCGAGCGAGUAGAGGUGAAUUUUUAUAUCCGUGGGCCCCAUGGAGGUGGGAAAGUUUAUACUGAGAUGUUCAAGGAUCAAGUGGAGAAGCAGUGGAAGUUCACAUACUUGAUUGUGGAGGUGAAAUCUUCUCCUCCAGUUCAAUUGAUCCUAGAAUCUUAUAUGCCUGCCUGACUUUGGGGCACAACCAAUUCGUUCAAUAUUUUGUAUGCAAUUCUACGCAGUUUUAGAAUCAUCAUCUCAUGUUUAUAAUAUUUCUCCUUCCUCUUCCCACAUUUUAAACUGUCAAUUUGGUUAGGCCAACUUUUUCAAGUUCAUUAUUUAUGAUUUCCUCC